AUGGCGACUUCAUGGAUACCAUCCAGCGUGCAUGGACCGUUCCCGCCGAACAUGGUGCCCGGCGGUGUGGACAGCGAUGGUGCGCAAAUUUUCGUCGGCCGAGCACAUCACGCCGGUGAUCUGAUACCCGCGAAAGUGAUCCCGGAUAAGAGUGCCGCAUACGUGGCGUACGGUGGCCAGGAAACGCUGGUCCAUCAGGUCGAGGUGUUGGUCCAUAAGCAACUGAUCUGGGAUACGGCUUCGGCCGGCCAGGUACCGCUCGGUGCCGUCAUCGGUGGACAUACGUCCGACGGUGAAACGCUGUACGUUGGCCGCACCUAUCACGAGGGUUCGCAAACGAUCGGCAAGGUGCAGUGUUCGCACAACUGCAUCUACAUCCCGUACGGUGGAGCGGAAGUGUCCGUACCAACCUACGAAGUGCUGUGCGAACGGUCUGGCUGUUGGCAACACUGCAAUGUUAGUGGACCGUUCCCACCGAACAUGGUGCGCGCCGGUGUGGAUUGCGAUGGCGAGGUGAUCUACGUUGGCCGAGCGUUCCACGAGGGCGAUAUGGUACCGGCGAAGGUGAUCCCCACCAAGAACGUGGCCUUCGUUUGCCACGGUGGCGAGGAGGUCCUGAAGGAGGACUUCGAGGUGCUGCGCUACGGUGCAUUCGUGUGGGAGUAUGCAGCGAACGGUUCCGUGCCGGAAACGGCGAUGAGAAUUGGCCAAACGACUGACGGUGAACCGUUGUACAUGGGGCGAGCCAUCUACAGCGGUUCGCAAACUCCAGGGAAGGUUCAUCCGUCGCACGGUUGCUGUUAUCUGCCGUUCGAUGGAGCAGAAGUUAGUGUAACCGACUAUGAAGUGCUGUGCAUUCGAUAA